UUAAAGGGACGGAGACUAAACAGCCACGUAGUAAAAGGCGAAGCUCUCAAAGAGUGGCCUGGAUUCAGAAGUGCCUCUUGGGGCUGACAUACUCUGAUCGUGUUCCUCCUGGAAGAUGGUUUUAUAAAGUACACCUGCAGCACUGAGACUGUUACAGUGGAUACCGGCCAAGCCGACGCAGCGCAGAUGGAGGCGAAUACAUAUCAAGAUGACCAAGUUACAAAACCCCAACAGACUGAAGCCAUUCUGGAUGGGACACAACUGAAACAAGGACUGGAAAGUUCCCAAAAUGCAAAGGAUAUUCAGAAUGGUCCUGUCCCUUCAGACGUGUUGCCAAACGGAAGUGGUCUGGUCGACGGCUUCAGCGCUGCCGGGGAAACCCUUAUAAACGGGUCUCUGCCCCAGACAGCUUCUCCCCAGAUCCUUAGCUCCCCCGUCAGCGUGCAGACCCCGGAGCCGUCCCCAGGUGUGGCAGAUACUCAGCCCGUGGUGCUAGAGGAGUCUGAGGGGGCUAGUGCUGAGGUCACGGUUCACAGGGCUGAUGCUUUGCAGUCGCUCAGACUCAGUAUGCCUAUGCAGGAGACUGAACUGUCCAACCAAAAGCCGUCUCUGGAGAUGGAGAAUGAAGAGAUGAUUCGCUUGGAGGCUCGUCGGCGUCUGGAGGAGCAACUCAAACAGUACCGGGUCCAGAGGCAUAAGGAGAGGUCUCGCCGCACCUCUACCAAAAGCCGGCAGUUCAGCACUCUGGAUCCAGAGCUGAUGUUGCAUCCUGAAGUGCUACCCCGGGCUAACACCGUUGCCAUGACCACGGAGUAUUCUUUUCUGAGGACCAGUGUCCCACGCGGCCCCAAACUCGGUAGCCUGGGGAUUCCUCCUUCCAAGGAAAGAAAGUCCAAGUCCACACGCUCCAACAAGAUCCAUUCCUUGGCCGAUUUCAAGUCUGACAGCGAUGGUGGGGACGGUGGUGGUGGGGGAGGAGGAAGUGGCAUGAAGUCUGUAGACGGCAGCAUGAGCUCCCUGCACACCACCGUUAGCUCUGUGUCCACGCUGUCUGAGAUCAGCGUGAUGUCGGAGGGCAGCACCUGCGAGACAGAGCCGUGUGUUUCACUGAAGGCCAGCGAUAGCGUGUCAGAAAUUGACGGCAGCGAAUCGGGAGCGAGGCCGGGGAACGAUGGCAACGAUAGCGACAGCUCUUCUUACAGCAGUGUGUCCACCAGAGGGAUGUACGGCAUGCUCUCUGCUGCAGUGGAGAGGCAGCAGGGCCCGUACACGGUAGAAGGGAGGGAGAUUCCCCCGGAGGCCAUGGGUCAGUUUCCUUCUCUGCAGGAGGUUCUGCAGGCGGCCAGUGAAGAGCAGCACCUGCUGGAGAUGGAGCAGGACAGAGAAGGAACCGCAGAGCCGCGCAGCCGCCGGGACAGUUUUUCCAGCAGUGUUUCUUUGGAGAGUUCUGUGAUGGGCCACGAUGAGAUGCUGCAGGUGCUGAAGGAGAAGAUGAGACUCGAGGGUCAGCUGGAGUCCCUGUCGUCUGAGGCCAAUCAAGCUCUGAAGGAGAAGACAGAACUCCAGGCUCAGCUCGCCACGGUGAAUGCUCAGCUGCAGGCGAAGAAGGAGGAGGCUCACGUGAGCCAGGAGAAGCAGAGCGUCCUCACGGGGGAGGUGGACACGCUGCGGCAAAACUGCAGCCAGCUAGAAAAGGCCAUGGUGGAGCUCCAGGGCAGUCUGGAGACUAAGAAUGCCAGUUUGACGUCUUUAAGCAACGACCUGAAGGUUUCUGAAGACCAGUACAACAGGCUGAUGGUGAAGGUGGAGGAUUUGCAGAGUAAUCUAACUUCACGGGACAGUGCAGUUCAAGUGGUGCGUGAGCAGAUGGUUGGGAUUCAGAACCAGCUCCAGAACGUGCAGCUGGAGCGCAGCACGCUGCAGAGCCGACUGAAGACGGCCCAGGCCGAGAUCGACUCUCUGCAGCAGGUCCGGCAGUGGUACCAGCAGCAGCUGGCGCUGGCCCAGGAGGCCCGGGUCCGGCUGCAGGGGGACAUGGCCAACAUGCAGGCUGGACAGAUGACUCAGUUUGGUGCUAUGGAGCAUCUAAAGCUGGAAAAUGUGACGCUUUCUCAUCAACUCACCGAGACCCAACACCGCUCCAUCAAGGAAAAAGAGCGUAUUGCUGUCCAGCUGCAGAGCAUUGAGGCUGACAUGCUGACCCAGGAGGCCUCUUACAAGCAGAUCCAGGAUGCUAAGAUGAUGGUGGAAGACGACUUGCAGCACAAACUUGAACAGUUUGAAGAAGAGCGAGAGCAUUUAAUCAAGUUAGCCAACACAGCCAGCGCGCUGGAAAGGGAACUAGAGCAGGCAAAGUUAACCCUUUCCCAAAAAGACCUGCAGCUCCAGUCACUGCAGAAGGAACAUCUGGAGCUGAUGCGGCAGCUGACAAACACUCAGGAGAGCCUGCAAACCAAAGAGCAGUCCAUCAACCAGCUGGAGGCCCGGUACCUGGAGCUGGAGGCUCAGCUGACGGAGCUGCAGACGGAAGGCAGCGCCAAGGACGACAACAUCCAGUACCUGCAGAAUGAGAAGAUCGUCCUGGAGGUCGCCCUGCAGGCCGCGCGAGCUGACAAGAGCCAGCUGGACGAGGGGGCUGAGAAGUUGGGAGAGGAAGUUCUGGUGGCCUCGGACAUACUGGAUCAGCUCAGGCAGGAAGUCCAAAUCAAAGCCAAUCAGAUUGAAAGUCUACAACAGGACAAUAAUUCCCUGAAGAAACAAGCUCAGAAAUUAAAGGAACAGUUCCAGCAACAGAAGGUUAUGGUGGAAGCGUACCGCCGCGACGCCAGCUCCAAAGACCAGCUGAUCAGCGAGCUCAAGUCCACCAAGAAGCGGCUGCUGGUGGAGGUGAAGGACCUGAAGACGGAGCUGCUGAACAUCCAGGGGGAGAAGCAGAAGGCAGAACUGGAGCAGACCCGUCUGCAGAAGGAAGUGGCACGAGUCCAGCAGCAAAUGACAAACAUGGAGGCCCAUCUGCAAGACAUUCAAACAGAGAGGGACCAGCUAGAAACACAGAUCCAGACUCUGCAGUUUGAUCAGAACCAGCUUGCAGCAGUGACUCAAGAGAACGAGAGCCUGAGAAAACAGGUGGAGCAAAUGGAGGGAGAAGCCAAAAAGGCCAUCUCGGAGCAGAAGGUGCGUGUGAAGAGGCUGGGGACAGAUCUGACCAGCGCUCAGAAGGAGAUGAAGGCCAAGCACAAGGCCUACGAGAACGCCGUGGGCAUCCUGAGCCGGCGGCUCCAAGAGGCGCUGACGGAGAAGGAGACGGCAGAAGCCGAGCUGGUUAAACUCAAGGCCCAGGCGUCAGAGGGAGGAAACAGCCAGGCCUUACAGGCGAAGAUGGAGACGCUGCAGGCCGAGCUGCAGGCGGUGACGCACAGCAAGACCCUGCUGGAGAAGGAGCUGCAGGAAGUCAUCACGCUCACCUCCACGGAGCUGGAGGAGUACCAGGAGAAGGUUAUGGAGCUGGAAGAUGAGCUUCAGGAGUCGCGCUGCUUCAAGAAGCGGAUCAAAAAGCUAGAAGAUGCCAACAAGAAGUUGGCCCUUGAGCUGGAACAUGAAAUAGGGAAACUGGCGGGACUAGCCCAGUCCCACAGCGCCCUGCGGGAGCACGCCAACAUUCUGGAGUCGGCCUUGGCUAAAAGGGAGGCAGAUCUCGUCCAGCUCAACCUGCAGGUUCAAGCUGUUCUAAAGCGUAAAGAAGAGGAGGACCAACAGAUGAAGCGGAUGGUGAAGAGUUUACAGAUAUCUUUGGAGAAAGAGAAAAGCUCGGUCAAGAACCUUAAAGAACAGGUGGCAGCAGCGAAGGCCGAGGCCGCCCAUAAUAGAAGGCAUUACAAGGCAGCGAUGCUGGAGCUGUCGGAGAUAAAGAAGGACCUGCGGUCCAAGGAAGAUCUCGUCAAAGUCCUGCAGACGGAAGCUCGAAAACUACAGAUUCAGGAUGAUCAACACACUCAGGACAUUUCCAGGUUUCAAGAGGAACUUUCUGAAGCUCACGCACAACUGCAGAUCCUGCAGAAGCAGCUGGACGAAGAGCUGGCGAAGCAGCCGCUCACGAACCAAGAGGUGGAGGACCUGAAGUGGGAGGUGGAGCAGCGGCAGCGGGAGCUGGAGGCUCAGAAGCAGCAGCUGGAGAUGAUGGAACAAAGUCACCAUCGGGAGCUGGACAACCUACAGACCGCACUGCAGAACAUCAAGGUGGAGCUGGAGUUGGUGCAGGAGGAGCUGAGCGGCACCAGGAAAGACAAGUUUAUGCUCCAGGCCAAAGUGGGAGAGCUGAGAAACAGCAUGAAAACGGUCCUGUUACAGAACCAGCAGCUCAAGCAGGACCUGAAACAGAGCCGUCUCUUACGGCAGCGUAUGGAGUUGAAGAGCGAGGGAAGCCCGUCCAGCCCCGUGACACCCGUAAAGAUCCCAGACUGCCCAGUCCCGGCCUCGCUGCUGGACGAGCUGCUGAAACCCUCGACUUCUGUCAACAAGGAACCGCUCAACAACCUCCACAACUGUCUACGGCAGCUCAAGGAGGAGAUGGACAGCCUCCAGAAACAGAUGGAGGAACACACGAUAACGGUGCAUGAGUCGAUGAGCUCAUGGACAAACACAGAAGAGGAACUGUCUCAACUCGGACUUGACAACGACAUUUCCAAUUCACCAACAGUGAUUAACAACGUGGUGGUAGUUGAAAAUAACAACGAAGCAGAUCCGCAGCCAUCAUAAAGGAACUUCUUCUCAGGCCAAUAGAGGAAGAGUGGAGUUUUAUCCAAUAAGGCACUUUUAAGCUCCGUAUUCCCUUUCUCUUUUCUUAAUAAUUGCUGCCAACAUUUGGCAUUUCUCCUCAUCAGCACAGACGUGCUUUUGCAGAGUCAUUCUUUAUAUGCCAUAGCUUUAUUAUUACCUCUUUAUUUGGUAGUUGUUUUGCUUUUGUCACAUUUAUUUAUUAAAAGUUAAGAAAUUACAGCAUUUGCUUUGACAGCGCCCCCCCCCCCCCC